AUGGCGUCUCGAGAUCAAGUUCCGCCGGCGCCUUCAAUCCUAGAAGGUGUAGUGCCUCUGUUAGAUAUCGAGCUACAGCCCUUCAAGGUUUUCGUCGAAUGGCUGUAUACAGGCGUACUUCCCGAUUCAAAGAAGGCUUGGCUUGAGAAGCUCGACCUUGUUCAGGGCGAAGAAGACUGUAUGCAAACGUACACCGCCCUGGGUCUAGUCCUGCUUAAAGCCUAUGUCCUCGGUGACCGAUUCGUUGCGCCGACUUUCCGUUCGGCCAUUAUGGAUAGCAUCAUUUCGCAUGUGCUUAUGUCCGACAAAAACGACGAACUUCCCGGUGCUUCCAUCGAACUGGUCAACUACUCGUACAUCAAUGUUGUUUCGAAGAGUGCAGUUGUGCAGCUCCUAGUUGAUGGGUUUUGUAAGCAUUGGCCCUUUGCUAACGGUUCAAUCAAGACUGUUCACAAGGAACUACCCUCGGCAUUUCUGCACCGGACUUUGGCCAGGUUCGGCGGGGUGCAAUGGGCAUGCGAGGAGCCUCUUCGUUGCCGCAAAGGAGUGAUUGCAGCAGGGGACAAGAUCGACAGGUAUCGUUACAGUGGAGGAAGUGCGGCCGUACAGGCUGAGGCUGAGUACAAAGUUGUGUCCGAGGAAGAGACGAUGUUGAAGCACAAGCUGCGGAGCCGAUGCUACAGGGAACAUCUCACAGAGCAGGGUAAAAAUGAUUGUGCCAAAACAUACUCCCACAUGCGUUACGACGAGGAAGCUGACUACGGCUUCUUUGAGUGA